AUGCAUGCCAUAUUUCUUCUCGCAUUAUUUUUCUUACCGACGUUUUGUGCUCAAGAUCAUCAUAUAGAAUAUGAUAAAUAUCAGCGAAUGUUUAUGCCGAAUUCAAUGGCAGCAAAUUACUUGUCUCAUUUGCCGAUAGGGCGAUAUCGAAAUCAAUUGUUAGAUGCAACAAUUGAUGAUUCAUCGAUGUUAAUGUCAUCCGAUCAAAAUGAUCCAGCUUUGCAACAACGCACGAAACGGAUCUAUUGGGAAAAUCUUGCAUUUCAUGCAACUGACUUUAAUCAAAAAGUCAAGAUACCAAAAAGGUCUAAAUAA